AUGGGUAAAGGACCACCAACAGAACGCGCACGGAUUAUUGAUUGCCGACAAGAUGCUGUACGUGCAGUGAGAUACAAUGUUGACGGUAACUAUUGCCUAACCUGUGGUAGCGAUAAAUCAAUAAAACUGUGGAAUCCGAUCAAAGGAUCGUUGCUGAAGACCUAUACUGGAACAGGUAAUGAGGUCUUCGAUGCCGCGUCCUCAUCGGACAAUUCGCAAGUGGCAGCUGGAGGAGCGGAUAAAUGUCUCACUGUGUUCGAUGUGGAAACAGGAAAGAUCCUGAGAAGAUGGAGGGCUCACGCGGCCAGAGUGAACACUGUCGCUUUUAAUGAGGAAUCGAAUGUAGUUUUUUCCGGAUCCGUGGAUUGCACAAUGCAAGCUUUUGACAAUAGAAGUCGCAGCGAUAAGCCGAUACAGGUUUUUAACGAAGCCACUGAUAGCGUUCUUAGCAUAGAUAUCAACGGAGGGGAGAUUGUAGCCGGUUCAGCAGAUUGUAAUUACCGGUUGUACAGCAUAAGAGAGGGGAAUGUACAUAUUGAUUUUAUGGGGAACAGUGUGAACUGUGUUCAUUUUACCCCCGAUGGUAACUGUGUUCUGGCUUCAACUCAGGAUGGAAACCUUCGCCUCAUGGACAAGGUGAAUGGCAAAAUGUUAGCAAGUUAUUCCGGCCAUAAGAAUUCCGAAUAUAAGGUUGACAGUUGCGUACUGGCUUCUAUUGAGGAAGUGGCAACAGGAUCUGAAGAUGGAUUUGUCUAUAUUUACAGCCUACUAGACAGCAACGUGGUUGGAAAGUUGGAACAUCCGUCCAAGGUAGUCCAUUCAUUAUCGCCGCAUCCAAAGAAGCAACAUCUACUGACCGCCGCUGGUCAGCUCGUCUACCUAUGGGUGGCUAAGAACGACGAGGAUUUUGAGUGCUAA